AUGGCCUCGACCACUUUGAAAUCCUUCGACGGAAAGGUGAUUGCCAUCACCGGAGCUGCUAGCGGUAUCGGACGCGCAGUCGCGACUUACCUCGCCACCCGUGGAGCAUCUCUUGCAAUCUCAAACGUCCAAAAAGACGCCUUGUUAAGUUUGGCGACAGAGCUGUCCGCUUCUGGAGUACGUAUUGAGGCCACCGUUGUGGACGUCAGCGAUUCCGAGCAAGUCAAAAGCUGGAUCGAAGAGACAGUGAAAAUCUUUGGGAAGCUCGAUGGCGCGGCCAACAUCGCCGGUACAGGAGGCUCAACCGUGGAUCGUCUCGAGGCGCAGACCGAUAAAGACUGGAACCUAGUCCUAGGCAUCAACCUAUCUGGGACGAUGUACUCCAUGCGGGAAGAGCUGAAGCAUCUUACGGACGGAGGGUCAAUUGUCAAUGCCUCAAGUGUUCUCGGGCUGCGAAGCGCGCCUGAUGCUGGCGGAUCGGCCUAUGUUGCUAGCAAACAUGCGGUGCUAGGGAUGACCAGACAAGCUGCGAGGGAAUACGGUUACCGCAACAUCCGUGUCAAUUGCGUCAAUCCUGGUGCCAUCGACACCCCAAUGAUGGCGCAGGCAAAGGCGGAAGACUCUGGUGUUUACAGUCCUCCCAUCCCGAGGUGGGGUCAGCCUGAAGAUGUUGCUGCUUUGGUAGGGUUUCUGCUCGGUGAUGAGUCGACGUACAUCUCUGGGACAUCAAUCGUCAUUGAUGGCGGACUUACCUGCUGA